AUGAUAUUAUUUUAUUAUUAUAACUUGAGUUUAAUGUUGAAUUGAUUCGUUGAAAUAUCCGAAUGAUUACGUUGAAUCUCCCACCAUAUUACAUUCAGUCAUUUUAUAUAUUUCCCAUCAAUAAAUAUACACACAUCAUCAUCACAUCCAGCCAUCAGUCAUUGCACACCUACAUGACGUAUCAAAGUGUAUUUUUUUCUAUAAAGCACCUCUCUCUCUCUUCAACACAACAAUCAACUCAGUUACACUCAGUUACAACAACAAACGCACAUAAAAUAAUCAAACAAUUAUUUUAUUUAUAAAUAUAAAAUAUUGUUUAACAAUUGAUUAUUUUAUUAAUUAAUAUAUUUUUUUAUUUUCGAGGUUAUAUUCUCGUGUGUUGGUGUGUUUUUUUUUUAAACAAAAUUUUUUUAUUUGUCAAACAAAAAAGUUGUAGGUCAAGUUUAUAUUUGUGUGUAUAACUUGCCGGUUUAUUAGUUUCCUCAUUAUCAUAAAAAUAUCACGAUUGAUUUGAUCUCAAUCAUCUGACAAAUCAGCAAAUAAAAAAAAGGAAGCAAAAACAAUAUUAUAUAAUAAUAAAAAAAAAUAAAGAUAACUAAAAUAUUUGAUGGAUCCAGAUGAAAAUUCAUCAAAGCUUUAUGUUAUUUUAAAAAUUAUUAUUGAAUAAAUAAUUGUUAUUUUGUUAAUUAAAAUAAAGAGGUGACAAACAAAAAAAAAAAAAAGAAACAUGGAUACUGAUGUUGAAACGUGUUUAAAAGAUUGGAAUGAUUUAGCUGGUGAUUACAAAGAACUCGAGGCACUUAAUAGAGAAUAUGUACAAAAACUUGAAGAAGUUUCUGAACUACAAAAAAAAUGUGUCAGUGGUAUAUCACAUCAGAGGUAUCGCAUGGGUGUCAUAACAAAAUCAUUGAAACAACUCAAGGCAAGUGAUACACGUCAUAAACUUAAUAAAAAUAUGUCAAGAAGACAAGAACAGUUGCAUGAAAUGGAGCAAACAUUACCAAAAGCAAAUGGUACAUAUUUAUCAAUUAUUCUUGGAAGUGUCAAUGUAUCAAUAUUGAAUAAAAAUGACAAGUUCAAAUAUAAAGAUGAAUACGAGAAAUUUAAAUUGGUUCUAUCAGUUAUUGGUUUUUUAUUAUCAUUUUUAAAUUUAAUAACAAAUGUUAGAACUCUUGAAUUGAGUUUUAUGUUUCUUUUAGUAUGGUAUUAUUGUACAUUAACAAUACGUGAAAGUAUAUUAAAAGUAAAUGGUUCACGUAUUAAAGGCUGGUGGCGUUUUCAUCAUUUUUUAUCAACAACUGUAUCUGGUGUAUUACUUGUUUGGCCAAAUACUGGACCAUGGUAUGCAUUUCGUGGACAAUUUAUGUGGUUUAAUGUUUACAUAAGUUUUGUUCAAUGUCUUCAAUUUCGUUAUCAACAUGGUGUACUUUAUCGAUUAAAGGCACUUGGUGAACGUCAUAAUAUGGAUAUAACAAUUGAAGGUUUUCAUUCAUGGAUGUGGCGUGGUUUAUCAUUUUUACUUCCAUUUUUAUUUAUAGGAUAUUUUUUUCAAUUAUACAAUGCAUAUACAUUGUACAGUUUAAUGUCAUCACCAGAAACAACAUGGCAUGUACCAGUAUUAAGUGCCAUGUUUUUUAUAUUAUUUAUGGGAAAUUUAAUAACAACAAUUGUUGUUAUACCACAAAAAUGGCAAGAUCGUUUAAAAAGUAGACUACCUGGUGUAUUUAAUUUUAAAGUUGAUAGAAGAAAAAAAUGUGUUACAACUAAAGAUGGAUAUCCACCAUUAUAUCCAAAAACUGAUGAAUCUGAUGAGGAACAAUCGAGUGAUGAUAAUUCAACAAUUCCAGUUGAACAAUCAAAUACAGCUAAAACAGAUGACAAAAAAUUAUGUUAAUUAUUUAAUUUAAAUUUUGUUAUUAAGGGUUUAUAUAUAUUAUAUUAUUUUAUUCUUAUUUUCUUUUUGUUUAAUAAUAUUAUAAAUUAUAAACAGAAUAUUGAAUGGAAUUUUUUAUUUUUUAAUAUAUAUAUUUAAAUAUUAUUCUUCAGGCUUUUACUUUUAAUUAUAACAUUUAGACUGUAUCAUAUUUACUCACUUAUUAAUUAUUAUUGUUUUAUUUUAUAGAGAAUUUUUUUAUUCCAACAGUGCAUAUUGCACAAUGAUGGCCUUUGUAAAUUUAUUAUUAUUAUUUUAUGCUGAUUUGAGUAAUAAAAAUGAGUUAAUUCUAAAGAAAAUAAUUUUUUUUAUUAUUUGAAAAUUACAAAUGCUAUUGCUUCAUGAUUAUCAAGUUUUUUUUUAAAUUUAUUUAUCAGCUUUUUGUUGACAUUAGUCAACAAAUAAUUUACUUUAUUUUUCAUGUGUUUUUUAAAUAUUUAAAAAUAUAUUUUUUAAAUCUGAAAA